UUUUCCUUGUCUACCCACCAAGCUAUCCCUCUCUCCUUUCUCCUUCCCUUCCAUCAAUCACAGCUCCGUCCCUCUGGUUCGUGUACGUUCGUAUACUGUCCUUUCUAUACACCACCACAUACCCGAAAAGACAUUCCUUCGAUUUUGAGAUCACUAUCAACUGCCAGGGCCAUCAACGAGGAUGCCUUCACAGUCACCCUCUCCCUUUCCAGAAACAUCGCUUGGCGCAUCGUCACAACCCGUCGACUCGGCAAAUAAUUUGCAGUGGUCUUCCGCCCCUCCACCUCUUCCCCCUCGCCCGCCUCCAGGUGCCCAUAGAAAGCCAGUUCCUGCUUUGCGCAAUGACGACCUGCAUGGACAACCACUCCAGCGCCAUUCUAUGUCUCCUCCUCCUGUACCAUCUCGACCUGCUGCCGGUAUUGCUGCCCCUCCCGCAACCUUCACGACGGCCUAUAACACCGCUGCCCAAUCUACUUUGCCGCCUCAGCCACCACCUCCUCGCUUAAUCGAUGAGAAGAACUCGUCUCAGCCACCUCCUGGGAAAAGAAGAGGCUGCUAUCCCUCAACAAGAAGAGGUCGGAUUUGGUUCUGGGGUCUUAUUGCUCUCAUCAUUCUCGCUAUUGUCAUUGUUGUUGCUGUUUGCGCAUCUGUUAUACCUAAGAACAACUCGUCUUCCGACACAAACUCAUCUUCUGACACAAACUCAUCGUCUGACACAAAUUCAUCUCCUGGCAAGUCUUACCACGGUGGACAUCCAUUAUCAAUUGCCGAGGGUGGCGUUGACAUUGGGCAACCUGGAGACAUUGCCGUUUUCGGGAAAAACUCUACCGAUCACUUUGUCAUGACUACCAAUCGAUCCAUUGUAGUCACGAGGCUUGACCCCGUUGUUUUCCCUGGCAGCAUUGGUGCUCAUGUCCACCGCGUCCAUGGAUCGUCCUAUUUUACACAAAACCUCACUUCGGCGACUGAGAUGCAACGACUUGCAAACUGCACAACCACUGUCGUUCAAGAUGAUCUGUCGGCAUAUUGGGUGGCUGGCCUGUAUUACCGUUACCCCAAUGGCUCGCUGGCGUCUGUACGGUUGGAUAGAACUUCACUGUAUUACUUUCAGAAGGCACCUACUGGUGUACCCAUCUAUCCAUUUCCAGACAACUACAAUAUUAUUGCCGGUAACCCAUACCGUCGAGCAAUCAAUUAUUCAGAUCCAACGCAUAUUUCCAAAUGGUUUCAGUGUUACCGUGGAGGUGGCAAUGAUCUCCGUACUUAUGGUUUCCCUAAAAGCCCGUGCUCCGACGGCUUGGUUCAGGCUAUUCAAUUUCCCAGUUGCUGGGAUGGGGUUUAUGCCGAGGACGGUGAUUAUUCCACACAUGUCGCCUACCCUAUUGACAACACCAAUGGCUACUAUUGCCCAGACGACUUUCCGAAAAAGUUCAUCACCUUGCAGUUUGAGACAGUAUUCGCAGUCUAUGACUUCCCUUAUAAUGGGAAUGAUCAAAUCACAUGGGUACUCAGCAAUGGUGAUACCUCUGGUUACGGUAUUCAUGCCGAUUUUAUGAAUGGCUGGAAGCCGGAAACACUUGAAGCCGUAUUGAACGACUGUCGAUAUAUGAACGCCACCAGCGAAGAUCCAAUCUCUGACGAUCCGCCCAACUGCCCGCCUUUGAACAAGUCUAUCAAUAUGGAUAUCACACACAGCUGUCGUCUGCAGACGCCAAUAGUGAACGAGGAAGUUGGGGAACAUUCCUUACUUGAAUACCUACCAGGUUGCAAUGCUCUCUGGUCCGGUAACAUAUCCAAACCCGCGUGUCCAUCUGGACAUAUCGAUGGAGGAGACUUGGAUCUAGUAUCUCCUUCGGUCUGGUACCGAGAAGAACCCUAUAUAUCAUGAUCUAAAAUAAGAGUUCAUGUGAAAUGAGAAAUUUCAGGAAUUUAAUGACUUUACCAGAUUUAUAAAUUAAUUUGCUCGGAUUUAUAUUUUUAGACAAGUUUAGACGAGUUAUAUAUUUCAGUGCACUUGGCCCGGCGCCCUUUUUGUUGUUUCUAUAGUACAUACAUGCCGAAU